UUCCUCCGCCCAGUUUGGGAGGCUACGGCGAGGGGAGCAGACAAACUUCAGUCUUGCCACGCGCUGGAUCGAGAGAGCGUGACCGAGUCUGGACAGCACGCAUAAUGUCCCGUGAAACGCGGCGGAACGAGCGUCACUUUGUCCGUGAACUUUCAGAAGUGCUUCAGCUGGGAACGCCUGGAGGACGCGCUACGGUUUCGCUUUUGAAGGAGCUUUUAAAGUGAUGGACGGUUGAAGUUUCAGCGCUGACCGGCUCACUGUUUGUUGUCGUUUUGUCCGCUCAGCGCCCGGAGCGCGAGACAGUGUUUUGUCUCGAUUUCACGCGUGUGGAAACGCCGUGCGUCCACGUUUUGAAGAGAGAUUCGUUUGUGGAUUGAACGGUCAUUCGUGAGAGUGCAAUUGCAGAGGUAUGGCCAUGAACACUGAACGUUUGAGCACCUCUCUUCCCACACUGCAUCUCUGUUUUCAGCCAAAGACUGUCAGAAAGAUUUUUUGCCUCAUAUGUCUGGAUAUAACAAACUUCCUCACCUACUAAUGACCUUUGCAGGAUGUUUUGAGUCAGUAGCAUUACUAUGGCGUAUCACGUGAAGAUUGUGAUCUUACUGUGGUGCCAGCUAGUGAAUGUUGGGUCCUCACUGGACAUUGGCGCUUAUGAUAGUGAGCGGGGCAGGCCGGCAAAAUGCGAGCCCAUCACCAUCCCCAUGUGCCAGGGAAUCGGCUACAACAUGACACGCAUGCCCAACUUCAUGAAAUAUGAAAGUCAGGAAGAGGCCAGUAUUAAGCUCAAUGAGUUCACCCCUCUGGUGGAGUAUGGCUGUCAUGUACACCUCCGCUUUUUCUUGUGCUCCCUUUAUGUCCCCAUGUGUACGGAUCAGGUGUCCACCACUAUCCCGGCGUGCCGUCCUAUGUGUGAGCAGGCGCGGCAAAAGUGUUCUCCCGUUAUGGAACAGUUCAGUUUUAGCUGGCCAGACUCCUUGGACUGUUCAAAGUUGCCGACUAACAAUGACCCUAAUGCUCUCUGCAUGGAGGCUCCGGAGAAUGACACUGUGCCUGAGACCAAGAAAGGGGAGGGCAUGCUGCCUGUUCCUGCCCGGCCCAGACAGCCCGGGACAGGGAACGGGCGACAGCCCAGCAACUCUGGGUCCUGUGAGAACCAGGAGAAGUUCCAGUAUGUGGAGAAGAGUGAAACAUGCGCCCCACGGUGCUCCCCCACAGUGGACGUGUUCUGGUCCAGGCAAGACAAGGACUUUGCCUUCAUCUGGAUGGUCGUUUGGUCCACCCUCUGCUUCAUCUCCACUGCCUUCACGGUCCUCACCUUCCUGCUGGACCCCCAGCGCUUCCAGUAUCCUGAGCGGCCCAUCAUCUUCCUCUCUAUGUGCUACAAUGUGUACUCUGUGGCCUUCGUCAUUCGCUCUGUGGCUGGUGCUGAGAACAUUGCGUGUGACCGGGAAAAUGGGCAGCUCUACAUUAUUCAAGAGGGCUUGGAGAGCACAGGAUGCACAAUAGUCUUCCUCAUCCUUUAUUACUUUGGCAUGGCCAGUUCAAUCUGGUGGGUCAUCCUCACGCUCACCUGGUUCCUUGCAGCAGGUAGGAAAUGGGGACAUGAAGCCAUUGAGGCCCACAGCAGCUACUUCCACAUGGUCGCUUGGGGCAUCCCUGCUAUGAAGACCAUAGUCAUCCUCACCAUGCGCAAAGUGGCAGGGGAUGAGUUGACCGGACUGUGCUAUGUGGGCAGCAUGGACACCAAUGCUCUAACAGGCUUUGUUCUAAUUCCCCUGUCUUGCUAUCUGAUCAUAGGCACCUCUUUCAUCCUCACUGGAUUUGUAGCGCUCUUCCACAUCCGCAAGAUCAUGAAAACAGGAGGCACCAACACAGAGAAGCUGGAGAAGCUCAUGGUGAAGAUCGGGGUCUUCUCCAUCCUCUACACAGUCCCUGCCACCUGCGUGAUCAUUUGCUACUUUUACGAGAGACUCAACAUGGACUACUGGAAGUUCCGAGCUUUGGAGAGCAAAUGCGUCUCAUUUCCUGGGCGCAGGACGGAAGACUGUACCCUGGACUCCUCUGUGCCCACAGUAGCUGUAUUCAUGCUAAAGAUAUUCAUGUCCCUAGUGGUGGGCAUCACCAGUGGCGUGUGGGUAUGGAGCUCCAAGACUCUUCAGACUUGGCAGGGCUUGUGCGCUCGGAAGUUGUCCGUGCGGACAGCUCGGAAGCCCUGUCCUAGUGUCAACUGCGGCAGUUCCCACUGCCACUACAAGGCAGCUGCAGCAGCGCUCCACACGGCCAAAAUGGACCUGUACACGGACAGCCCCACGCGGGUCUGACACGAGGGGGCCCUGCUUCAGUUCUUAGAUAAAACAGACUUUAUGACUCAAUGGGAUGCUCAGGGUGGACUACAGGUCAUGAAGUUGCUACACCUGUCAGUGGCAUCAUGUAUAAGCUUCUGUUCCAGAACAGAAACAUGCACACAUUUCAAUAAAGGGAAAGACUGUAGGAAUGUUGUGGAAGUUACAGCUGGAAUGUAAAUACGGACAUUUGUGCGUUCUACCCUAACAAGCUGAAUAGGUUAUUUAUUAUGGCUAUUUAAAUGUUGCAGGUCCUAGAGGUUGUCACUGAAUGUACUGUAUAGUACAAAAGAACAGAUACUGAGAAGAAUGGAGAUUUAAAGGGGGUUCUGCCUUUUAUUAUUAUUAUUACUUGUGCAUAAUUAAUUAAUUAAGACGUAAACAAAGUCAUUCCGAGUUUUUUUUGAUGUGAAGUGCCCUUUUCUAGAGAAAUAGUGGUGAUAUGUGCCAGACAUCUGAAGAGUUUAAUGCCUCUAAAAGCUCCAUCACAGAGAAUUAUUACACAAAAUGGUUAUGAAUAUGCUGUCUGAUACUUUUUCAGGAGGUUUUGGCGUCCAACAUUGUAUAUUUUAUAAUGCAUUCAGGGUGGAGAGAUACAUCCAGGGCAUUGUAAGCUAAAAUAGCCCCUAAAGAAAACUCUUUUUUUCAGAUUUACCACUGUUUUGCCAUUUUCAACAUUACAAAUAAAAACUCAGAAGACACAAAGAGGUUCACAGGUCAUUUUGUAUAGCAAAUAAAAUGGUUUAUUAUAAAUUGCAAACAUUGCAACCCCUGGUUUCUAUCACGACCACUGUAAAGAAAUCUGAGUUGGUAAGUUUCACUAUAAUCACGCAUUUUACAUGAAACCACUCUGAAUGACUUUGUUUACUUCUCAAUGAAUUAAUUAUGCAGAAUUUUUUGAAACAUCAGUGGAAUUCUUCUUUCAGUAUGAAACUAUGGUACAUUGAUAUUUUUUUGGACAGAAGAGCAAUUAAAUGUUAUAUAUUUUUUGCAAUGUCCUUGCUAAAUUGUAUUCCCUGGCACACAUUCUUAUGAAAAAGUAAGGCAUGCAGCACGAAAGUUAUGUGUAAAAAGGAUCCGUUACCUCAAGCGGAACUGGGUUUUGAAUGCUUUCUCAAAAUUCUUGUUUUGUUAGCACUUCUAGAGGAAAUGGAUUUUGGCACGGCUGGAUUGAGAGAGAAGAUGAGAGUGCUCGUAGCACAAAACCACAAUGAAUCUAAACAAAAGUUCGUAUUUCUCAUAAGUCUGGGUGGAAAGUUGCUCCAGAAAGAUCCUGAAAUCCGACUGAAUGACCCGCCAGCACAUGUUAAUAAUGCAACUGGAACACAGUCAAGUAGAUGUUAGACUUUGGCCAUUUGAUCAAUUUUAGGUCAUUAUACAUAAUUUUUUUCCAUUUAAUACCAAUCAUAAGUUCAUACUUCAUGGUUCACUUACCAAAAACAGGGCUUGUGAAGCUGCAUAUUCAUAACGUCGCAGAUUUCAGCCACGUCUUUGCUACGGGCUGCUGAUUUUGUAUCCGUCUCUAUUAGGCGUCGUAACAGUUUCCUAAGUGACGUCAGCUGUUAUUCCGAGGGCCACUUUUUUUAUUUUAAUUCUUUCUGUAUUUCACAAGACUGCUGUCAGCUGAUCACAGCCUUGGCUAGGUUGGGUUCGAGAAUGAUGUGAUCGGUGCGAUUCUGUCCAGGCCUCUGGUCAGGUUCACCGAUGUGCUAGGUCACUUUUUUUUUUUGAGAACCACUGGUUGUCCUCAAGGGCAGCUGUGACUUCUGUGGCUUUUUGAGGUGUUUAUGAAGUUCUGGAUUCAAUGCCGAGUUACGAUUAACCUCAAGAACGAUUGUUUGCACUGGAUGAAAUGAUAGAUUUUUGUGGCGAUGCACAGAGGGCAGGAAAAGGACACAGAGUUUUCAGUUUGCUUUUUUUCUUUUUUCAAUAGAUUUUUUAAAGCUUUUUAGGUGUGUUCAUUUUAAAGGGCCCAUAUUCUACAUUUUCUUUGUAAUUUGUUUAUUUUCCUGAGGUCCCUUAUAACAUUUGUACAGUUUAAUGUACGAAAAAAUAGUUGUCUCACAGAUUGUUUUUGUUACUGUGCCUUUAAGACUGAUAUAUUCAUAAUAUGUGCUCUGAUUGGCUGUGCAGUGUAGUACCUUGUUCAAAAAGCAGUCCUUGCUGAAACACUGCUUAUAUCUUCAGUGGGGGUUGGAGUGGGUGGGGCUGGAGUUGGUGGGGCUAAA